AUGUAUGGGGGGGCAACCCACCAGCAGAAUGCCUUUGUGGCGGCUGCGGCUGCGGCGUCUGCGCGUCUCAGUGCCAGCAAGUCUGUCGGUGGCAUGCUCGGUUUCCACAAUGACCUGUGCUCAAUAUCGGCUGACAAACAGAUGGUGUCAGAAGCAUUGGCCUCUGGAAACUCCCAGUGUGGGUUCGACACAGCAGAGGGUAAUUCCGGGCACUUGACGGCGCUAGGAAUCUCAGGCACCGAGCGCAGGCAAGUAUCCGGCCUGAACGCAGCCAUGUACGCAACCGGCGCUGGCAUCAAAAACAAACCACUCAACGCACCCUUCCCCAUAAAAGCAAAGCGCGGCCGUCCGCCACUAGCAGGCAAGCGCAGCGCAAGCAGCAGCGGCAUUGUCAAAAUCCACGAGAACUUGAGACCUGCCCGGCGACUCCAGAGCCAACAUUGUCCUUGA